AUGCAUUGUGUGCCAUUCGGUAUUUGCUGGCAAUUUUUUAAAUUAUGGUUUGAUUCGAGAUAUUACGAAAAAGAUUUUUAUCUUGGAACUACAGUUGAUGAAAUUGAUGAAUUGCUUCUUUCGUUUAGGCCAUCAAUGAACGUUUCAAGAACACCUCGAAGAAUUUCAGAUCAAGCUCACUUCAAAGCCCAUGAACUUGUAAUAUGGUUGUUGUCUUACAGUUUGGCGGUGCUAAACAAGUUUUUGCCUAGUAAAUAUGUGUAUCACUGGAGUUUAUUGGUCGAAGCAAUUUCACUUCUACUGAAAACAUAA